AUGGCCUACGUGAGCUCCAGCAUGUGGUCUUCUGUCCAGGCGGCCGCAGACGGGGAUGGCUGGCGGCUGCCGUCCACCAUUGCAGAGUCCUGUGCCUUCAUGCAGGUCCUGCAGUCCCUCUCGGUGCCGAUGAAGACGCUGGAGCAGCAGGUGAACCAAGGCCAGCAGGGCCCCUUGAGCAUGGUGCUGCUCAGCAAGGCGAAGGUGGCCCUGGAGCCAGCCCCAGCCCAGCUCCCCAUCCUGCACCUGCCACCCCAGCAGCUCCUGCAGUUCCAGCAGUGGCACCUGCUGCAGCAGCCCUACUCUCCACCCCCACUGUACCCAUUCCAGCCACCACAGGCCCACCUGCACCAGUUCCCCCAGCAGCCCCAGCCACCCCUGCAGCAGCAGCUCGCCCGCUUGCAGCAGCAGAUGCAGUUGACGCUGACGGUACAGCCACCAGGCCAGACUGCCCAGGCCCUGAAGACCCCGCCGCAGGCGCAGGCUCAGCCCCCGCUGUUUGGACAUGACCCAGCAGUGGAGAUCCCAGAAGAAGGCUUCUUCCUGGGAUGUGUAUUUGCAAUCGUGGAUUAUCCAGCGCAGGUGUCUGACAAGCAGCUGCUGACCACCUGGAAAAGGAUCAUUCAGACACAUGGAGGAGCUGUGGACCCCACGUUCUCGAGCCGCUGCACCCACCUGCUCUGCGAGAGUCAGGUCAGAGGGCUGUUCACACAGGCGAUAAAGGAGAGGAAGAGGUGCAUCACGGCGCACUGGCUGAACAUGGUCCUGAAGAAGAAGAAGCUGGUGCCACCCCAUCGGGCACUGCACUUUCCACUGGCCUUCCCGCUGGGGGACAAGCCAUGCUCCCAGCAUAUUAUCUCCAUGACUGGGUUCGUCGACAGCGACAGGGACGACCUGAAGCAAAUGGUGUACCUGGCAGGUGCCAAGUACACGGGCUACCUGUGCCACAGCAACACCAUCCUCAUCUGCAGAGAACCAACUGGUUUAACGUACGAGAAAGCCAAAGAGUGGCAGAUCCCGCGCAUGAAUGUCAAGUGGCUGGGGGACAUCCUGCUGGGAAACUUCGAGGCCCUGCAGCAGACACAGUAUGGCUGCUACACCGCCUUUGGCCUGCAAGACCCCUUCGCCCCGACCCCACACCUGAUGGUGAACCUUCUGGAUGCUUGGAGAGUUCUGUUGAAAGUGUCAGCAGAGUUGUUGAUAGGUGUAAGACUACCUCCCAAACCAAAGCAGAAUGAAGUAACUAAUAUCCAGCCUUCUUCCAAAAGUGCCAGAAUCGAAGAUAUUCCACCUCCCUCCAAGAAGUUACCACCGGAACUGACCCCUUUUGUGCUUUUCACUGGAUUUGAGUCUGUUCAAGUUCAAGAGUACAUAAAGAAACUCCACAUCCUGGGUGGGGAGGUUGCUGAGUCUGCACAGAAGUGCACCCACCUCAUCGCCAGCAAGGUGAAGCGGACCGUCAAGUUCCUAAUGGCCGUUUCCGUGGUGAAGCACAUCGUCACCCCAGAGUGGCUGGAGGAGUGCUUCAAGUGCCAGAAGUUCAUCGAUGAGCAGAACUACCGUCUCCGAGAUGCAGAGGCCGAAAUGCUUUUCUCCUUCAGUUUGGAGGAGUCCUUGAGGAGGGCCCACAUUUCUCCGCUUUCCAAGGCGAAAUACUUUUACAUCACUCCUGGGAUCUGCCCAAGUCUGUCAACCAUGAAAGCAAUUGUGGAAUGUGCAGGAGGCGAAGUGUUGUCUAAAAAACCAUCUAUCAGGAAACUCAUGGAACAUAAACAGGAUAAGAGUUUGUCAGAAAUAAUUUUAAUAGCCUGUGAAAAUGACCUUCACUUGUGUCAAAAGUAUUUUGCCAGAGGAAAUAGGUAUGUUUUAUCUUUGUUCCUUGCAGAUGUUCACAAUGUAGAGUUUGUUCUCACUGCAGUGCUCACUCAGACACUGGACUAUGAGUCAUAUCCUUUCAGAAGGCGCCCGAGCAUUCAGCGUGCCAGGGCCCUGAGCCCUGCCUGCGUGGUGGGGUGUCGGGGAAGUUGCAGGCAGCAGGUGACCCAGCAGGCGAGGAGGCUGUGGAGGCAGGAGGAGCCUCCCCCUGGAGGAGGGAGAGGUGGUGGGGAUCGUCGAGUGCUCCAGGGGCUGGUGGAAGUCAUCAUCGAGGAGGUGGAAGUGGUGGCAGCAGAAGAGCAAGAGAAGGUGUCCGUGCAGGAGCAGGAGGAGGUCCUGGAGGAACAGAGAAUCUCCCAGGCUCGACCUCUGAUGGGCUGGCAGGUGAGCUCUCCCAGCUCCUUCCUGUGCCACCAAGGCGAACGCGGACUGGAUGUCAGCGCUGAGUUCUCAGCUCUGGGAUGUGCCCCUGCACCACCUCUCCAUCCCAGAUGA